UCCCCAUGUUCUCUGUUCACGUUCCGGAAGCUUUCGCUUUGGGUGGGCUUAAUCAACUACUUCCUUGCAGAGCUGCCUGGGGCCUUUUCUGAUACUGGGCAUAAACGUGGGGAAUAUGUCAGAAAAGAGGAAGCCGCUGCUGGGCUUCAUGGGCAAACUCCCCAGUGGGCCUGCCCUUGGGAACUCCGGCAAGACGCACUGCCCUUCGUGCAUGGGCCUUUUCCAAGCCCCGAGGCUCCUGCCUUGUUUGCACACAGUUUGCACCACCUGUUUGGAGCAGCUGGAACCCUUCUCAGUAGUGGACAUCCGAGGGGGAGACUCUGACACAAGCUCUGAGGGGUCACUAUUCCAGGAACUCAAGCCACCCGGCCUGCGGCCGCAGACCGGCAUCCUCUGCCCAGUGUGCGAUGCGCAGGUGGACCUGCCCGUGGGUGGAGUGAAAGCUUUAACCAUAGACCACCUGGCCAUGAACGAUGUGAUGCUGGAGAGUCUGUGUGGGGAAGGCCAGGGCCUGGUGUGUGACCUGUGCAGCGACAGGGACGUGGAGAAGAGGUGUCAGACCUGCAAAGCCAAUCUCUGCCAUUUCUGCUGCCAGGCCCAUAGUAGGCACUGCUUCGCCCCGCUAUUUAUUGAAGGAACUAGCUUCGCAAUGUGUGACUUGCCACAGCCCCACAGUUGGAGGCAGAAGAAGACCACUUUCCACACCGUGGUGGACCUAAAGGACUUGAAGGGCUACAGCCGGGUUGGGAAAGCUAUUCUGUGUCCUGCACACCCUGCAGAGGAACUGAGGCUGUUCUGUGAGCUGUGUGACCAGCCUGUGUGCCGAGACUGCGUGGUGGGGGCGCACCGGGAGCACCCCUGUGACUUCACCAGCAACGUUAUCCACAAGCAUGGGGACUCCGUGCGGGAACUCCUCAAAAACACCCAGCCCCGCGUGGAGGCCCUGGAGAAAGCCUUGGCCCAGGUCAAAGAGACAAACGGUGCCCUCCAGCAGCGGGUGGAGGCUGUGGCGGCCGACAUCCGAACAUUCUCCGAGGGCUACAUCAAGGCCAUUGAAGAGCACCGGGACAAGCUGCUGAAGCAGCUGGAAGACAUACGGGCCCAGCAGGAGAACUCCCUGCAGCUGCAGAAGGCACAGCUGGAGCAGCUGCUGGCAGACAUGCGCACCGGAGUGGAGUUCACCGAGCACCUGCUGACCAGUGGCAGUGACCUGGAGAUUCUCAUCACCAAGGGGGUGGUAGUGGAGCGGCUCACGAAGCUGAACCAAGUCGAGUACAGCGCCCGUCCCAGAGUGAACGAUAAGAUAUGCUUCUCUCCCCAGGAGAAAGCGGGCCGGUGCCGCGGCUAUGAAGUGUACGGCGCCAUCAAUACCAAAGAGGUCGAUCCAGCCAAAUGUGUCCUUCAAGGAAAAGAUCUGCACAGAGCCCGGGAGAAACAGACCGCCUCUUUCACCCUGCUUUGCAAGGAUGCAGCGGGAGAGAGCAUGGGCAGGGGAGGAGACAACAUUCAAGUCGCAGUUGUCCCGAAAGAUAAGAAAGACAGUCCAGUCAGAACAAUGGUGCAAGACAACAAGGACGGGACGUACGGCGUUUCCUACACCCCCAAGGAGCCUGGCAUCUACAAGGUGUUGGUCUGCGUCAAAGAGCAGCACGUGCAGGUGCUGUUCUUUGCUCUUGGUCUGAACACUGAAGGGCUCGCCAUUCACUGUGACCGUGAGGAAAAAGCACCAUUCACACCCGGGUGUAUUUCACUGCUGCACGUUCUGCUCCAGUGGAGGCCAGAAAACUGCUCGCUGUGCCUGUGGGGGCACCAUGCCAGGUGGGUACCUAGGCUGUGGCCAUGGACACAAAGGCCACCCAGGUCGCCCCCACUGGUCAUGCUGUGGGAAGUUUACUGAGAAGUCCGAAUGCACGUGGACAGGUGGGCAGAGCACAGCAAGGAGUCUCCUCAGGACGGUGGCACUCUGACGGUUUCCUAGGUCAACCCGCUAACGCUGCAGCCGGCACAGCUUCAGAUCACCAGAAGACCGCGGACCUCGAUUAAUUCUGAAGAAACGCAUAGAAUUAAACACAAAGUGCCUUAUCUAGAUGCUCGAGCUCAAA